ACAUGAGUAGUAUGUGGGAGUUCCUCAGAGUUCACUGCUCAGCUUUGUAGAAUUCUGGAACUUUACCCAGCACCCCUCGCGCGCUCAACAUGGAGGAAUUGACGGUGGAGGUCCGUGGCUCCAAUGGAGCUUAUUACAAGGGCUUUGUCAAAGAUGUACUCGACGACUCCCUCUCCGUUUCAUUUGAAAACAACUGGCAACCUGAAAGACAAGUCCCCUUCGAGGAAGUGCGGUUGCCGCCUCCGGCCGAUGCCAAAAAGGAGAUCGGUGAAGAAGAAGAGGUGGAGAUAUACUCCAAAGCCAAUGAACAGGAGCCAUGCGGCUGGUGGCUGGCUAAAGUGCGCAUGAUGAAAGGAGAUUUCUAUGUGAUCGAAUAUGCUGCUUGUGAUGCCACCUACAACGAAAUAGUCACGUUUGAGCGUCUCCGCCCAGUGAAUUGUAAUAAAGCUGUGACGAAGAACACUUUUUUUAAGUGCACUAUUCCUGUCCCUGAAGAUCUCAGAGCUGCAUGCCAGAACGAACAGGCCCACAAGGAUUUUAAGAAAGCAGUCGGAGCCAUUAGGAUUGUCUACAGCAGCGAACAAAGUCAACUGGUUGUCAUGUCCAUGAGCGAAUCCACUGUCAAGCGUGUCUCCCUGCUUAGCGACAUGCAUUUACGCAGCAUUCGCACCAAACUCAUGCUCAUGUCCAGAAAUGAGGAGGCCACCAAACAUCUCGAGAGUACAAAGCAGCUGGCCUCAGCAUUUCAAGAGGAGUUUAUGGUGAGAGAAGACCUCAUGGGUCUUGCCAUUGGAAGUCACGGCAGUAACAUCCAGCAGGCCAGGAAAGUGCCGGGAGUGACCGCGAUCGAACUGGACGAGGAGACCGGAACCUUCAGGGUUUACGGAGAGACUGAAGAGGCGGUACAGAAAGCGAGGAAUUAUCUGGAGUUUCUCGAAGAUUCUGUUCAAAUUCCUCGCAAUCUUGUCGGAAAGGUUAUUGGCAAAAGCGGCAAGGUUAUUCAGGAGAUCGUUGACAAAUCUGGAGUGGUAAGAGUGCGCAUCGAAGGAGACAACGAUAACAAACUCCCUCGACAAGAAGGUAUGGUGCCAUUUACAUUUGUUGGAACAAAAGAAAAUAUCAGCAAUGUGCAGGUCCUACUGGAAUACCAUAUUGCUUACCUGAAUGAGGUGGAACAGCUGCGACUGGAGCGGCUGCAGAUUGACGAGCAGCUGCGUCAGAUCGGGGUGGGUUACAGGCCUGUCUCAAACCGACCCGCUGACAAGGACAAAGGCUACACCACAGACGAGAAUGUCUCUAACACCUCCCUUCAUAUAAACCGCUCGUACACCAGCAGGGGCCGCGGCAGGCGGGGUCCCGGAUACACGUCUGGUUACGGCACUAACUCAGAGCACUCGUACUCCGAGACAGAUUCUGAACGUAAGGAUGAGCUGAGUGACUGGUCCCUGGCAGGAGAAGAGCUUGAGCGAGGCCCCAGACAGCAGAGAGACAGCAGGAGGAGACCAGGAGAGGGAAGAGGCAGAGGGCGCGGAGGACCCGGGGGCAGAGGGCGUGGCUCAGGAAGAGGGAUGUUCAACUCCAUUAGCUCUGUUCUAAAAGAUCCAGAUGGAAAUCCAUACAGUCUGCUGGACAACACCGAGACCGAUCAGACAGCAGACACAGAUGCCAGUGAGUCCCAGUUGAACACCAACCGCCGUAGACGCUCCCGACGCCGCCGCACCGAUGAAGACACCACGGUUAUGGAUGGCAUGAGCGAGUCAGACAACACCUCUCUCAGCGAGAACGGUCUUGAUGAUGGUGAAGCUAAACCACAGCGUCGUAAUCGUAGCCGCCGUCGUCGUUUCCGCCCUCCUGAGGAGAGGCAGCCAGUUAGUGUGGCUGACUACAUAUCACGUGCCGAAUCUGAAAGCAGGCAGGGAAACCCCAGAGAUCUGAAGAACAACAUAAAGGACAUGGGUCAAGUAGAGUCCAUAUCAGAGCACAGCCCCACUACAGCUGUGAGCAACGGCCCCAGCACCAAAGAAGAGCCGAAAAAUCCUUCACGAGCUUCCGCCGACGAGGCCACGUCAGCUGUUGUCAACGGAGUCUCUUAAUCAGUUCGAUUUAUUACUCGAAACUCAUAACCUUUACAGUUUUACAAUAGCGCUUGUACAAGUUUGCCAAAGAUAGACGUAUGGACUUCCACAUUCUCAAUUGCACUUUUCAGUUCCUUCACUAUGGGACAGAUAAUAAAUCUGAAAAAAUUAUGAGACGACAAAAAAAUUAAUCACACCUAAGUAUGUUCCUGAUUAGAUUUUGUGCCUUCAGAGCGUAGUUUCAACAUUGUGUUGGCUGGCUAUAGAAAAAUAAUAAUUAAAAUAAACAUGUCUGAAAUGGCGAUUACAGAAAGACUCCCAGACAUCCUUAGCUGCUUUUUGUUACUUUUAAUAUGCAACCACUUCUUACGUUGGGGAGGGGUUAUGGGAAAAAGGAUGUUUUGCACUGAAUAGUCAUUUCUCGACCUUUAAAAGUAAUGUUAUUCUGGAAACUGGUCUGUAUAAUCAGUUCAUUUUAAAUGCUGUAUGUAAAAAAACUUUCUGUAAGAUUAAAUUGGCUUCUCAUCCUUUGCCUGUUGAGUUGAAACUGUGGCAACUGAGACUGUUUUGGAGCCUUUUUGGUUUAUUUAUUUUAAAAUGUACAGUAUUUAAAAUUAACUACUAAGUCGUUUUAACACUAAACUGCCUGAACUUCUUUAGCACGCAGGUGACAUACUUGGACUACUGAAAGAUCAAUUUCCAGAUGUUCUGUUCUGUAAACUACGUUUGUUAGUCUUUAUGGUUUUUUUGUAAAGAUCAUUCUGGUUGUUUGAUGUGGAAUAUGUUUUGUAUGCAGGUAGUUCAUAAAUAAACAUUUGCUCUUCCAGCCAAUUUUUCAAAGUUGA